UCAACAGUGCAUUACACGCUGUAUAGUGGCAGUGUUGACAAACAGCCGUCUGCACACGUUGGAGUAAACAGCAUGGGUGAUCGCACUGUCUUUCCGCCAAUCGGUGAUGCAGUGACCGAUUACCAGCGGAGUCUGCACACCAUCCGUCAUCCAGCGUACUGGCCGUCCAAAAAACCCUUGGACGGGGAUACCCUCCCGACAGAAUGGGUACCCAAACUGCUACCAUCACCGCGAUGCCUUUCCGGAUUGCAGUAUCUCAGCGGUGUUAAUCAUUACGUCCUCACUGCAGAAAAGCACCCCACAGAUGCGGAAACGACUGGAAUAAUACCGCGAGCUGAUCACUACAACAUCCGCGAUCGGACGGGAUGCAGUAUGUACACCUGUCUUGUCGUCAGCGCGUUUUCGAGUCGUGGUCCUCUGAAGCGAAAGCGACCCAUCCAGGUGAAGAUCUGCGACCGGCUGGACGAAGUGCUUUUGCAUGGAAACAUUGAGAAGAGUCUAUUGUUAGAGAGAGUUGUCAUUCGAGCGUCUGACGAACAGACACCCAUUGGGCAUAUCUGUAUCCGCUCUGGCUUGCUUUUGGGAAAGACCGUCAUCCAAGACUCGAGGGAAAGACGAAUUUUAGAGAUUAAGCGUAGAAAUAUUUUCCAGCAAGGAAAAUUGGCACUUGAGAUUAAGAAUUCUGUAACCGGAAAAUCCUGUGGACGGUUUAUGCUGCUGUUGUCGGCGCUGGCAGAGAACGGCACAGCUAGUAUAUCGGGGACUGAUCUACUGCUGACCGUGGAACUACCGGCGCAGUACAAAGCCAUGUUGCUGGUUAGCGCAGUUUUGCUGCUUCAUAAUUCUUCUCUUAAAGAAUGAAACACUGCCUGAAGUCCUGCACGGUGGCUGCAUUUUGGAACAAAUCAAUCGCUGUGUACCUUGCCACCUUCGGUUUUUCAUAUAUAUAUUUCCUGCACAUACUUUGUAAUUUGUAUCUUGAAUCUGUAAUUAAAAGUGUACACAACAAA